GGACUGAUGAUGAUGAUGAUGAUGAUGAUGAUGAUGAUGAUGAUGAUGAUGAUGAUGAUGAUGAUGAUGAUGAUGAUGAUGAUGAUGAUGAUGAUGAUGAUGAUGAUGAUGAUGAUGAUGAUGAUGAUGAUGAUGAUGAUGAUGAUGAUGAUGAUGAUGAUGAUGAUGAUGAUGAUGAUGAUGAUGAUGAUGAUGAUGAUGAUGAUGAUGAUGU